UUAGUUGCGUCUUCGAGACCGGCGGUGCUGGCUUGUAUUGAAGGUCCGGUCCAAAAACAGCGCACGCUUCUCCGAAAAGGUUUUGUGUGUUCGGGCUUGGAACCGCAGCACAAAACAGCAAGACUGUGGCAGCCAUUUUGUUUGCAAUAAUCGGAGUGUUGUGACGUCAUCCCAUGACAUCUAAAGUAAAGCAAAGCAGAUGAAGACUGAAGAAUUACAACAUUUAUCAUGCGUGGAAAUGUGAAAUAUAUUAAAUAUUGGCGUACAUCAGGAUAGCAUGUAUGGUGUAAAGCAGGGCUGUACAGUCAGUGAUCUUAUUUUGCUUAUUUUAUUUAUUAUGGAUUCUUUUUCCUUUGAUAUCCUUACUCGUGUGUUUUAUGUUGCAAACAAUUCCUAGUUUGUGAAACAAUGGCAAUAAAAACCAUUGUGAUGGUGAGUAGGUAAUAUAUGUUAUUGAUGAAGAAUGCAUCUAUUGUUCUUCUUAUUCCGCUGGUCGGGAUGGUGUAUUUGUGUUUGUAGGUGUGCUGCAGACACGCAGGCUGCUCUGAUGUCUGAUAUCAUUCCAGAUUUGCCCUGCCAGCCGCCAGUUGAUUUAUUUUGCUUUCUGCUAAUACCAGAUACGUGUUUUGUUUGGUCUUGUCUUGUAGGAAGCGUUUGCUGCCGCCCAGAGUGAUGACGAGCCCCCUAAAGGUGUAAAAAGGCAUCUUAAAGUGUCCACAGACCGUCAGUCUUGAUGGAUCAGUCCACAAGGGUGCUGGGUCUGGAUGCGCAGGGCAACAUGGUGUUCACAGUGGUCAAGCCUGUCAUGGGACUCUUCCAGGUGUCCUCCUCAGACCAAGUGGGCACUGUGACCCAGGGGGGUAUGGGUCUGCAGGGCUUAGCUGAAAACACGCUGGUCCUCCCUCCCACACAAGACCAGGUCUCGCUGGAGACCACCCAGGUGGAAAUGGAAGCCGUCCAGCCUCAGAUGCAGGGUCCCGCCCCAGUCCAGGCUGAGGAAGCGGUGCAGAAUCAGGGACCUCCACAGAACUCAGACUUCUCCACCCAGAUGCCCUUUGCAGAGGUGUCCUCCCUCCUGGACCCCAACAUGAAGGGCUCCAAGGCUCGAAAACAUCUCAUCUCCUACGAGGAGAUCAAACGUCGCCUGCAGGCUCCGGAGAAGAUGUCCCUGCGCUCUCUGGCUGCCUACACCCGAGUGAGCCGAGGGCCAGCCAGCAAGAAGACGCUCCUGGAGUCCCUGAACGUCCUCGGCCUCACGCCCAGCACCACGACCUCCGUUUCCUCCUCCUUCUCCAAACUCACUGAAGGUGACACCAGAGCGUUGUGCGAGGACAUGAAGGACUUCUCACACGACUACAUUGACUACGGCAACAUGGCCAAACAGCUCAUCCCCGAGACAAACACAGUCCAACACUGGUCCAAAAUCAUCGAGACCAAGAACCACCUGGAGGACAUGAGGAAGUGUUUCAAGGAUCCCACCAAUAGCGGCUCGUUCGACAGCGUGACGCACGGCCUGGGUCUGGGGAUGCUGGACGUGGCUCUGGACGUGAUCGUCAUGGUCAUCGAGCAGCAGAUUCACAUCCUGUCAGGCGCCGCUGCCACCGUGGGGACGUCCCACUCCGCCCGGCACACGCAACGCAUCCGCAGGCGGCAGCGCAAGACCUCCAACAGAGCGUCCCUCGGGGUCAAGGAGCAAGGGAAGGUCAUCUCCAAGGGCAAGGGGCCAAGCAGAGUGAAGAAGGAGAUCCAUCAGGAAGGCGGAGCUGCCAGCCCAGUGCAGCCUUGCAAGAUGGAUGACAUGCAGGACAACGUGAUCACGCUGGUGGCUGUGGGGUAUGAGACGGUUUCUACUGGGCUUGCUGGGUCCACACCGGCCUGACGCCACUGGAGGUCUCACGAGGACCAAAAAGUAACAUUUGAUCACGUGGAAAUGACCUUGGCUAUCCUUGGGAGUAGCCAGUGUACAGCUUGUAUGCAUGUAUGGACAUGCAGCUCUCCCUUAAUCCUCUUGGGUGUGGACUUACUGGAAUCCUAAAUGCUUCCUUCCUUCCUCCCUGUCACUUCCUUCCUUCCUUCCUUCUGCUUGAGUUGCCCCAUAGAUGCUCAGUUGACAUAUUCACCUUCAUCCUCAUCUUCCUCAGGAAGACACUUGGUACCUUGGGAUGAGUUUGGACUCCCCGUGUUGGACCCCCAGGUUGUGCUUCUCAGUGCCACACCACAUGUUGAAUGCAUCUGUCCCCUCAGCGAACCGCAGCUCCUCCAGUGCCGACGGCACUCGUGCAGUCUUGGACUUGUGUUACCAAGUAUUGAGACCACAGUGGCUGUGAGUGGACUCCUUUUCAAUAGUGCUGUAGAAGAUGUACGCUGGCUACUCUAAAGUUGGCUUUGUUUAGGACUGCUCCCUGACAGGGCCUAAUAAAGAUGCUACGUGGUUA